AUGACAGCCUCUGAUCAUCAGACACCCUCUGCCUCCCUCUCUCUCUCUCUCUCUCUCUCUCUCUCUCUCUCCCCUCACUCACACACAGGAAAACUUGGUUUUUUCUGUAUGGCUGUCCCAAAAAAUAGGGCACGGCGAAGACCAUGCUAGCUGUGCUCCUUCGGAGCUUCUCGGAGGGGAUUUCCCAUUCCGGAAAGAGAACGGACGGGGGUUCCGCUUUCCCUCCUGCAUUAUCUUCCGCUCUGUUGAAGGCGGGGAGAGCUCCCUGGUUCUCCUGUGCAUGGAAAUCAUCGUCGGAGGAGAACGCCAAGAAAGCCUCUCUCUUGCUUUUACUCCACGCUUCGUCCCGCCGCCAUCUCCCUGCCGCCGGAGAAGCCAGGGCGCUCCUCAUCCAUUGAAGGAUCCACGCCGGCGACCACCGUUUCCCCCGCCCUCCGGUGGAAAAAUCUUCCUCCUGCCGUCGCCGCCACGUGACUUGCCCUCAAUCCGACCACAUCCGGGGGGGGGGAUCUUUCCCGUGAGACUGGAGCGAAGGCCAGCCCACGCGCCGCCGGUCAACGGGCACACCUUUGACUGGGAAUGGCAGAAGAAUUAUGGUCAUUCCUCUCUGUCAGUAUUUGUACCCCCGCUUUAUUAUUGA